CCUGCGCCCCAUUGCCGGUUCCGCGGGGGCCGGCGCAGGCGCGGGGCGGCGGGGGCCGCGCUGGGGCUCCGCAGGGUCCCGUUCCGCCCUCCCUUCGCCCCCCUCCCCUGCCGCAUUGCGGGACCCUCGCCCCGAUCAGCCCCGGGCUCCGCGUCCCGGGCGCCGCUCCCGGUGCCAUGAGCUUCUUCGGGUUCGGCGCCGCCCCGGAGCUGGAGCUGGUGCUGAGCGACGGCGAGAGCCGGCGGCGAGUGGAGCACAAGACGGAGGAGGGCAAGAAGGAGAAGUAUUUCCUCUUCUACGACGGAGAGACCGUGUCCGGGCGGGUGGUGCUGACGCUCAAGCAGCCCAACCGGCGCCUGGAGCACCAGGGCAUCAAGGUGGAGUUCAUCGGGCAGAUCGAACUCUACUAUGACCGAGGAAACCACCACGAGUUUGUGUCUCUGGUGAAAGACCUGGCCCGUCCUGGUGAAUUCACUCAAUCACAGACAUUUGAUUUUGAAUUCACACAUGUGGAAAAACCAUACGAGUCCUACACGGGGCAGAACGUGAAGCUACGGUAUUUCCUCCGGGCGACUGUCAGCCGCAGACUGAACGAUGUGGUGAAGGAGAUGGACAUAGUCGUGCACACCUUGAGCACGUAUCCGGAGCUCAAUUCCUCCAUUAAGAUGGAGGUGGGGAUUGAGGAUUGCCUGCACAUUGAGUUCGAGUAUAACAAGUCCAAGUAUCAUUUAAAGGACGUGAUUGUUGGAAAGAUCUACUUCCUGCUGGUGCGAAUCAAGAUCAAACACAUGGAGAUCGAUAUCAUCAAGAGAGAAACCACGGGGACUGGACCCAACGUCUAUCAUGAGAAUGACACAAUAGCUAAAUACGAGAUCAUGGAUGGGGCACCUGUGAGAGGGGAGUCCAUUCCCAUCAGGCUGUUUCUUGCUGGCUACGAGCUGACUCCAACAAUGAGGGACAUCAAUAAGAAGUUCUCGGUGCGUUAUUACCUCAAUCUGGUGCUGAUCGAUGAGGAAGAGAGACGCUACUUUAAACAGCAGGAGGUGGUGCUUUGGCGGAAAGGAGACAUAGUGAGGAAGAGCAUGUCCCACCAAGCAGCCAUCGCAUCCCAGCGGUUUGAGGGGACAUCUUCGCACGCUGAGGCCAAGACUCCCAACCAGCCUGCAGAAAACAACGGCCGGCAGUGAGAGGCCACGCGGAGGAAGGCUGCUGUGGAGCCAGUGGGGACAGCAGCGAGGAGGAAGAAAAAAACCACUUCAGAGACUUCAUGGAAAUAAAUAUCCGUUUUUGACUUAAUUCCUUUCUUCAAAGGACUUGUAAGGUGGGAAGGGGACAGGAGGGUAAGGCGAGCUGGAGCACUGGUGGUGCGGAGUUGAAGGUACCUCAGUGCUUCCCAAUCAACUACAUUCCUCGGGUUGGCUGCUUUGAGGCGCGUGUCCAGAGCCUGCGGAGCUCCCUGAUUUCCUCUCCCUUUCAAGUGUGGCAGCAGGAAGGGAGAGAGCAAGUGAAGGCCAAAUCUGCUGCUUCUUGCCAGCGCUGUGGAGGUUGCUUUGGGGCUGUGUAGGAUGGAUAUUUUCUUGCCUUUCUGAAAUCUUCAAAAAGGGACAAUGACACAGCAAUGAGGGAG